AACAAAACAGGGCAAUCGUCAAGCGAUCCAUCCCCUGUCAUCCAGUCCCAGCUUCUAGCAGUCAGAGGCCUUAGUGGGACUAAGUGAUGCAUAGGCCUUGAGCUUGCCCUCUGUACUGGGGUGCUUUUCACCCAAUACAGUAUAUACAGAACUAAAUUCUACCUUCAGUUCCACUAUAGCUAAUGGAGUUGUGCUGUGUAACUGAAGGCAGAAUUUGGCUCACAGUCUGUAAAGUGUUCUGAUAUUCUUUAGGAGAAACGAUGCCUGAGAAAUGUAAGUAAUGACAAAAAAUCAAACAUCUCUCUGUCACACAGGUGCUGAUGGAAGUCAUACACAUGUAGAGAGGAAGAAUGAGCACCUAGUGGAAAAGCUUUCUUAAAAAGCCCAGCACUGACCUGAACAGUAUAAGGAAACUGGAGAUACAAGAGAAGGGAGGAAUAGGAUCAGAGAUGCAGGGCUGGUUUGAAGUUCAGGUGCUGAAAAAUGCUAGGCUGGGGUUCAAAGACAGGAUUAUUGACCAGUGGUGCUUUAGUAGUUGGUGGGGAAAGAGUUUAAGGCCAUGGUAUUACUGCAGUAUUGAUUUAUCAACCUAGCCAACACUGUGUAUGGUAUUUGAGUCACUCCUAAAUCCAGCCUCUGGCAAUGAAAAAUACAUUUAAUCCAUCUGUUAGAUUGUUUGAAGAGGUGUCUGUGUCUCGGUCACUGCCCAAGGUUGGAAUUGCUGGAAUUGAAAAUAAGUGAGAGAUGAGCCUUUAACUAUUUCCCCAACACUGCUCUUUUUUUUGGGGGGGGGGGUGUCAAAUAUCACAUUUAACUGUCUGGUAGUUGAAAAAUGAAAUGAACACUCUCCCUCUUCAUAGAAAGAAUCACUGAGAUCUCUAAUUCCACCAAAGGGCAAAAAUCAAAGCAAGGCUUUGUAUUCCAAGAGGUUGUUAUUUUUAACUGGUUGUCUCAAACUGAGAUUAUUGCUCUGCACUUAGGAGUUUGAGGAUGUAUUCACCCAGCCGUCUGUGAUCUUUAUAGAGCAGCCCAGUGCCUCAAGGUAAAACACUGAAAAACAUGCCAUACUAAAGCAACUCUUCUUUGGUUGCUGGCAUUUUCUUUAGUUCUCUCCCCAUCAUUCUAAGUAAUCAUUAUUAAUAAGGGAUGUUUACAUGAAAACAAAAUCUUUGUUUUUAUGGUUCACACAAUGGUUAACCUGCUGCUCCCCCAUUUGAAAUCCUAAUCCUUCCCUUGUGACCUACCAAUCAUCGUCACCACAUGCAGUUGUGUGACAUUACAGGCUGAAGAUAAGGAACUCCAGUGGCUAAAAUAGCAAGGGGUGCUGCAGGUCAAGGCUGAGUUGCAUCAGCAGAGCUAUAUUGGGGACCCAAGAAUAGCAUGGGACAAUUGUAGCUCAGCAUUGAGGUGCAAUGGCAGAUCGGUGUGAGGACCUGGGACUGGGAGAAGACAAUUCUCAAAAUCAAUCUCUAGUGGCCCAUCAAUUUUAAACAUGACAUUUUUCUUGCAUAAUUCUGGGUCUUGUUCAGAGCUAACACUUUUUGGUCUUUCUCAGUUCUGCUAGGAAAGGCAGCUCAAUAAACCAAAGUUUCUCUAGAGAAACUGUUGGUGAGGUUUUUUUCUGAGGUCCUCUGGAUAAUAGCUUUUCAGGUAAAGCAAGUUGGAGAGGCUUCCCUGCAUGUACAGACUGGAUGCCUUGGGGGAGUGAAGAUGGGCUAUGGAGCCUUUAACUUCCAGGUCAUGAUUGCAGUCCAGCCUGGGUUAGAAGUGCUGAAAGUUAUUCCCAUAUGAGAGCUGUUUGGUGGCCUUUGUGAAUGCACUUCCAGGAUUAUCUCCCACUGGUUUCUGGCAGGACAUGUACCUACAGCAUAAAAAACACUAAUGCAAUUGACACUAAUUGAGCCACUUCCUACUCUGCCAUUGUCAGCCUCAACAGGCAGGUCAGAGAUUCAGUGAGCCAUGGGAACUGAGCAUUCCUUCGGAUCCUAAAAAUGGUCCUUCCAGCACACAUCUCAGUUACGUUAGCAAGAAGUGUUGAUUAAGUGAAGCUUGCACCGCUACUUCCCAUGCUACAAAAAGGAAGACAUUGGUUUGCAGGGCUGUUGAUGAUGGUGUGGUACCUUUCACCGCCACUAAACACAUGUAAGAUGUGAAUUCAGGCUCCAGAAAUCUGGACUCUUUGGACACAUAUGUCGUACUCAUGUGGCUUAAGCAGUAAGUACUACAAUUUGGUUUUCUGCCACCUCCAAAACAGGGAGUACAACCUCUCUGUACACAAGUUCUUUCCCUCACUGGAAAUCAAGGCUAUCCAUGCCGAAAAGCUUUUGUAGAGGAAGGUCUUUCUUUCAUUCUUCAACAUGGUGCUCACCGUCCAAAAAAUAUUUUUUUUAUUGCAAGAUCCUCCUUUUGCCCAUAGUUUGUAUCUCUCACAAGGAUAAUAAGUAGGCCACUGUGGAGGAUGAGUGCCUUCUUCUGCUGGGUGAGGGGGUCACUUAGAUCACAGGAAAUAGCUAACAGAACAACGCUGUUAUCACUUACACUGAGGUCAUCCCUAUUAUCAGCCUGCUUGGGCGUGGGGUGCACAUUUUCAUCAUUAGAUUACUGGGUGGAGACAAUGGCCUGUGGGAAACAGCGUCUGCAUUGGUAUGUUUUGAGCCCUCUUGAUGAAAAGUGAACCACUAAUCUGAGUCUAGUUCCGAUGCCCAUCAGCCAUGCCAGUUAAUGGGGUCGUUCCCAGCUGGUAACUUCAUUCAAUCCAAUCCCAGGUUUGUGGGCCUGAACAAGAGAUCACAACAUUGGAUACAGGCCAACUGCCCCUAGCAAGGGACUAUUACAGAUUAACCAACAGGCUGGUCUCAAUGCCCCUGGUACCCUGAGUGAGAAGAGAUCACAGACCCAAUGAAUAGUUCACAGUGUCCUUAGCAAGAGGAGAUAACAACCCCUUCUAUGAGCUAGAUUCAGAGGUCACAGCUCCUCCCAGACAUUGACAUUCUUGUAUCUCUUCCAGCUUUGCCCUGUCACCAAGGCACAGUAUGGAAGCCAUUGCCAAAUUUGAUUUCAAUGCUUCUGGAGAGGAUGAACUGAGUUUCCGUACCGGGGACAUACUGAAGAUUUUAAGCUCCCAGGAAGAGUGGUACAAGGCUGAGCUGAGAAGUCAUGAAGGAUAUGUCCCCAAGAACUUCAUAGAUAUUCACAUUCCCAUCUGGUUUAAUGAAGGGAUAUCCCGCCAUGAGGCAGAGAACUUACUCAUGAGCAAGGAAGUCGGCUCUUUCAUCAUCCGAGCCAGCCAGAACUCCCCUGGUGAUUUCUCCAUCUCUGUCAGGCAUGAGGAUGAUGUCCAGCACUUCAGGGUGAUGAGGGAUACAAAGGGCAACUACUACUUAUGGACAGAGAAAUUCCAGUCACUAAACAAAUUGGUGGAGUACUAUAAGACCUCCUCUAUCUCCAGGCAGAAGCUGAUAUUCCUGAGAGAUGGGAGCCAAGAAGAGAAGGAGAGGCGUGGUGGGAGCCUGGAACGGGGGCUACAGGAAGGACUCCGCCUGAGUGGAGCAGCUGGAGAAAUCCGAGCAUCAAUGUCCAAGAGAUAUGCAGAUCCCUCACCACCCCUGCAGCAGCAGCAGCAACAGGACAGAGGUGGUGGGAGCCUGGACAGGAAGGAUGGGCUUCAUCGCCUCAGAGACCAUGGAGAAGGGAGUGCAGCAUCCAUGUACCGGAGACAAACCGAACCAUCAUUUCAACAAUCACAGCAAACACUAUGGGUCCAAGCCCUGUAUGACUUUGAGGCAUUGGAGUGUGAUGAGCUAGGAUUCCGCAGUGGAGACAUCGUAGAAGUCCUGGACAACUCUAACCCGUGUUGGUGGAAAGGGCGCCUGCGUGGCAAAUUGGGUCUCUUCCCUUCCAACUAUGUUACACCAGUGACCCGGUGAUUCUGCAGCAUUCCAAGAUGCGUUGGGAUGGAGUUGCUCUGGCGUGUCGGGGGCAGAGAGAGCAUCUGCCAUGCAACCAGAACAUACCACGUUUUUAUUACAAUAAUAAUUUAUUGGCAGCUGAUCCAUUGAUUAGUUAAUAUUAAAGGGAUCUCUGGAGAGCGGUGGGGGUUUUCUCUCCUUUUACACUCCAGUGUUAGAGGGAGCAAGAAUCCUGGAUCAUCCAUGAGGUCUUGCUGGAUCCUGCCUGCACUGCCAUCAUUUUGGCAAAAUGUUGCUAACUCAGACUUUGCUAAAUUAGAUAAGUCACAUGGGAACCCACCUCAAGCAAGCCAGGUUUCAGCUUGUAGGCAGCCCCACCUCCUCCAACAUCUGAGCACUACCUUUUGGACCUUGCGACAUGCCAUCUAGCAGAGGAAGGGAUAUGGUCCUGUAAACUGGUGUACAGAGCAAUCCAAUGUGGAACCAAUAUGUGGGGGGAGAGAGAAACCAAGUUCUUUGCAGCUUCUUAUAGACCUGCCCUCAUGCACUCCUGCCCAUACCACAUGUACUCCUGUCCACUGUCCAAGCUGCCUUCCAAGAUAUGCUGCACUUUCCAUUAAACAGUCCUGUAAGGGGGCCUGGCUUUUCAGACAAACCAAUAGUCACCAGCUGGAAAUAUGGUGGAAGUCACCAAUAGUUUUGUUAAAUUGGAUUUUUUUUUGUGGUAUGUUGCUGCCUAAAAAUCUUCCUCCUCUAUUUUUGGGAAUCUGGAAUCCCUGUUUAUAUAACCUUGAGUUGCUGGUAACAUGCAUCAUCCACCUCUGUGUAUCUAUGUGAACACACACACACAAACAAAUAUACAUACACACACUCUCCUGCAAAGGUAUUUGAUCAUUGCGGGGUGGGCAGAAGACAACCAUAUAUUGUCCCAAUUUCACAUCCCUGAUUUUCCACCCGCCCCUCUCAUGGCCUCCAGCUUCCCCAUACCUAGCUUCUUUUUCACCUCUCCUGAGUAUCCAUCUCUUGGGUCUCUUGUUAUGAAUAUUAUCAUAGUGCCAGAAGCAAUCUCUAGCUAGCACUAUUUUGAUGCCAGAUUCCAGGCAGGGCUACUACUCUACUUGUGGGAAUGCAGUGAAUAAAGUUGCAAUCAAGAACAGUCUCCUCUAUAUACCUGUUUCCUUUGAACUAAAUAAGGUAAAUGCCCAACACAUUGGAAACAAGAUUGAAAUUUUAAAAAAGGAGAGAGUUGUACAAAUCACCAAUUGUGAUAUAAAUGAAUUGCAAAUACACAUUUAAAAUGAUCAAAAUCUUGAGCGAGAGCAUUGAGUAACUGCUACUCAUGCAAGUUGAAAUUUAGCAAGCUGCCUGAAUAAAAUAGUUUCCUACCAUGUUUAAGACCUCAGGAGUCAGCAAGGAAGUGCUGAUUUCAGUUUAUUUGGCAUGAAAGAAAACACAAACCAGACCCAUCAGUAAAAAUGGACUUGAUAAAGGAUAAAACCAAUGGGGGAAAAAAGAAAAGAGGAGCCAGGCUGAAUGCCAUCUAAUGACAUGGCAUAAAUACCAUUGUCACAAGAUGUGCAACAUUUGCUGUUCUUGAGCAGUAAGGAGCUUUUCUGGAAUGCUUGAGGGAACUGGAACAAAUUAAGUACAGUUUAAAAAAUAUAAAUAUAAAGAAGAAUAUUGCUUAUAAAGGCAGGAAUAGGUAUUGAGAGCUUAACAGGAAUUUGGUCAGGGGCAUCAUUUAGGUAGGGUGGGGAGAUGGGGGAGGGAGAGUUGAAAUGUGUGAGCAGUUACCAUGUGUGAACAACUCAGACACCAGAUCCAGAGACCAGCUCUGCUCUCUGAAACCUUUGGUGUUUGGAGCCCCAUGGGCAACCUGAAGCCUCCACUCCCCAACCUACGCAGCCCAGCUGCAGGGACCCACCUGUCUGACUGCAGCUCUGCUCCAACCUCAUCCGCUGCCACACUCCAUUGCCACUGACUGGCCCCAGCACUUGGGGCCAGAAGCUGUGACUUGCAAAUUUGUGGCCAGAAGUAUAGGUUGCUAGGGAAUCAAUGAAGCAGAUGAUCUGACAUGGAUCUUCUGUCUCACGUGUGACAAGUGGAAAGUGCUCAGUUUAAUGGAUGUAGGCAGGACUCCUCUGUUGUGGGCAUGGUGAGAGGGCUGGCUCAGGGUACCGUGGCUGAGAGGAGCCCAAUCACCUCCAUAAACAAAGCCAACAUUUCCCUUGCACCCUGCAGAUUAUAGGGCAUGACUGGUCCCAGCCCCCCUGUGCUGCACUGCAAUGCUCCAGCCCAGUAGUGGAUUGGGGGCUGAUGUCUUCUACUACAGAGUGUCAGCUUUUCCAGGAAAAGGACAAUGAGGUCUCUCCCAUCUGUGAAGGGGACAGUCUAAUUAUGGAUUUUUACAUUUUAUCCAAGAGUUUCAAGGGAACUAAGCAGUCUCUUGACCCCCACUGAAAGUUGCCCCCUCCCCUACUGAAAUCUGAAAUGAAGCCCCUGAAUUUGGUUACCCAGGUUUAGAACAAUGAGUUUCCGGAAACAGUGGGACAAGGUGGGUGAGGUAAUAUCUUUUAUUGGACCAACUUCUGUUGGUGAGAGAGACAAGCUUUAUCCAGUAAAAGAGAUUACUUCACUCACCUUGUACCUCUAAGAUCCUGGGACUGAUAUAGCUACAACACUGCAGGAAACAGAGGGACAUGCUAAAAUCUGUUGAGUGAAAUUCAGCUGUGGUACAAAUGGUUGCAUUUCCGUUUUCCUCAAUUACCUUGUGCUAUAUCUGGGCUGGCUUUGGUCCUGGUGGUUCUAUAUGGGCUAGAUUCUGACACCCCUAUGCAGAGUAAUCCUUUCUCUUUGAGCAGCCCCCUAGAAAAUCAAUGGGACUGUUCAUAGAGUGAGGUAUCCUGUUCAAUGGAAGGGUGUCAGAAUCUAACCCUAAGUGACUCCACAGCUUCACAAGGUAGGGCCACCCAGAGGAUUCAGGGGGCCUGGGGUCUUCGGCGGCAGGGGGCCCCCGCCGCCAAACUGCCGCCGAAGACCCAGAG